AUGAAAAAAAACCAGACGGUGCAGGGCACCUUCAGCAAACUCUUUGGGAAGAAGCAUGGCAGCCCCACCACCACCUCCCUCUACGCCACCAACCCACCCUGGAUUUUCACCCAAGAGGCCCCGGAACAGGGGACCAGAGAUUUUGAUGGAAUCUAUUAUGGAGAAAAUCGAUUUGACACAGUGAGUGAGUCUGGAACAGCCACACUGAAAGCUCGGCCAAGAGUCCGGCCCCUGCUGACUUUCCUUCCACUGAAUGCCCAGGAGAACCAAGGACUGGCUGUGCCCACCCCCUCUGUCCCAGAAGACUUUGCAGAUAAAGAUGUAACAGCCCUGCCCCCAGCUGCCCCUCCUUUGCCUUCUGCUGAAAAGGCAACCCCUCCACUUGCUAAGCUUGCAAAAAGCUCCAAAUCUAGUUCUCCUCCCAAACCCAAACUGCCCAGCCCAGAAGACACAGCCUCUUCAGCCCCCAUAGACUGGCGGGAUCCCAGCCAGAUGGAAAAACUGCGGAAUGAGCUGGCAGCCUAUCUUUGUGGCUCCAGGAGAGAGGACCGACUCCUCAAUCACAGGCCAGACCCAGCAGUGGCCUCUCAGGACAAGAAGGGCCCUAGCUUACCAGCAAAGGAAGCUCCCCUAAGCUUGCCAGGGAAGGAGGUCUCCCCAAGUGUUCCUGAGAAGAGUCCCCACAACAGUAGCAGCCUACCAGAGAAGAGGGCCACCACCAACCUGACCCUCCCUCCUGUGGACUACAUCGCUCAAGACUCCCAAACUCCCAGUGUCCAGCAGAUCCGGGCUGAGCUGGAGGCCCGGCUUUCCUCAUCGUCAGAGAAGGAAGCCAAGCCCAACUUACGGUCCAUGGUGCCCAAACCCCUGCCAGAAAGAAACAGAAUCUUUGAAAAUGGGGCUGGUAAUGGCAAAUUCUCUAAGCCUAUGGCCAAGAAUCUGCCACCUGUAUCCGUCAAACCCCUGCCAACCAGGCAACUCCAGCCCACAUGUGGGCCAGCCACACCACCCAAGGUCACACCUGGGCCAGCCACACCACCCAAGGUCACACCUGGGCCAGCCACACCACCUAAGGCUACUCCUGGGUCAGCCACACCACCUAAGGCCACACCUGGGCCAGCUACACCACCUAAAGCCACACCUGGGCCAUCCAUAGAUAUAACUCUGCAUGCCACAUCAUCCCAGCAGAUGGCAGAGAAGGACCUAGUUCCUCCUGGGCAGGGGGAGAAGCCAGUGGAAUCUCAAGAUCUUGGAGUGCCCUCUCAGCCAGAGACAAAGAGACCCACCUCAGAAGCCAGUAAGCUGCCUACACAGGGAGUCUCCUCUUCUCCAGCCUACCCACCAAAGACAUCCUCUGUCCAAGAUGAGGCACUGUAUCUCUACAAGCCCCAUUGCAGCCAGAACAGCCCCAGCCGAGAGGUUGCUGUGGUGAUGCCCAACCUGGCCAGAGGAGAGAUUACAGGUUCAGGGGAGCCUAUAGAGGUGAAGAAACCCCAGGGGCUGCUAGCCAAGCCUCCUGUAUCAGCCCCACCUGCUGAUGAACUUCUCAGGCACCCAGUGACUGGGGAGGUGGUGGAGCAGGGCUCCCCUAUGGCCCUGCUCCUUGCAGCCAGGCAGAGGGCACAGAAGGGAAGGCUUGGAGGGGCUGCCCUUGGUAGGGGUAGGUUGUCCCUGCCAGGGAGUCUCCGAGGCCACAGCAGCCCACCUGGCACAGGUUCUGACAGUAGAUUGUACAAGGAGGGCCAGGUCAACUCCUUCACUGUAGUCCCCAAGUUAUCAAAGGAGACCACCAAGGACCCCCAGCUGGUCUUAUCAACCCAGCCCACCGUACUCAGUCAGUGGAAGCCCCAGCCCUGCAAAGACCCAGACGGCAAAGAGCCAAGCUGCUGGCACAAAUGGACAAAAGCAGAACCCCAGGCCUCCAUGGCCCGGGAAAAAUCAGCUCCCUUCAACCACCCGCAGGGCUGCCCGCUGCCCAAGUCCUUCUCCUCCCCAUCGUCUCCUUCCCACAAGAGGGAAGAGGAGUUCAGUUUUGAGGUCAUCCCACCGCCACCUGAGUUCAGCAAUGACCCUGAUCCCCCGGCCCCGACUCUCCAGUAUCCACGCCACCCAGGCUCCUCGCCCCGGAACAAUUUCUCAGACUUGGGGCAGCCCCGGGACGUGAGCUCCGCGGCCUCCGUAGCUCGCGGUUUCUCGCACUUUCCUCCGGGUGCGCUCUCUGCCGAGGCCGGAGGCCUGGACCGCUUCUCAGCCGGUGGCCGCUCGCUCAUCAAGAAGCGCCUAUACGUCGGGGAGCACCACCGCAGCCCCGGGGUGCCCCACGGCGGCACCGGCCGCAGCCUGAGCUCCCCCAACUGCUUCGGUCCCCAGCCCGGAGGGCCCUUCGGAGCGUCUGGAGGCCCUGAGAAGCGACGCGUGAACUCGGUGAGCCGAGCGCCCCCCAGCGGUCUGCCAGGGCGGAGAACGUCCCUGGAGAGCACCCGGGGCGCGCACUAUGCGGGCAACUCGGGAGAGACAAAGUACAAAGCGCCAAGCGGAGACUAUGGCUUCGCCCCCGCUGCCAGCAGGUCUACCCACAGAGCGCCCCAGUACAGCAGCCCCGUCAACACCUUCACUGUGAGGCCUGGCACCCGCCAACCCAUCUCCUUUGCCUACCCUGGGGGCCAUCGGAAAGCCACAUCCUGA